AUGGCGGGGACACUGUUCGCUUUCACCAACGUCCCCAUAAGAUACUCCAGAUCGAAGAUUACACACGUCGUCCCAACUGCGCACGAAGACAUCGCAGAAGAGAUGAGACACCUUAUAAGUACUGCGAGCACCACUAGAGGAAUAUUCAGGUUGGAACUGCACGGGGGCUUGGACAGUUGCAAAGACAUGGGAUCGGCACAUUCACGUCUCGACGACGUGCUGCAUGGACACCGAUUGGAUGUCUUUAAUACCAAGCAUAGUAGGUAG